AUGUUUCCUGCUGGUGGAUCAUUUCGAGGCUCCAGAGGAGCCUGUUUUGCCCAGAUCCUCAUGAGGAAUUUGCCUGUGAAGUCAGGUCUGACUGAACCAUACAAACCUUCAUUUACUCCCUCAACCUUUGAUGAUUCUAGCAAAGAUGUCUUUGACCAACAAGAGAAAAGUACAGUUAAACCUGCACCUGCUAUCAAGCCAAAAGUCUCAUCUAAAACACUGAUCGACAAAUACAUGAGAGGUGAAACGCAUGCUGUGAGUUUGCUCCAUCAGCUCGCUCAGAUUUUGCAAUUCAGCCUGGAAAUGAAAGAGACAGUGACCACAGGCAACAUACCAGGGCUCUAUUUUGCCUUUUGUGUGGUUAUUGAUGGGGUUGAGUACAAGACUGGCAUGGGCAUAACAAAAAAGGAUGCCCGGCUCAAAGCAGCACAGUUUGCACUGCAGGACCUGCUGCCCACCCUGGACAGUACGACGUCUGUCCUCCCCGAUGCAUCAGGUUCGGGUGUCCCUCCGCCCCUACCAGUAAAAAAGGAGCCCUCCAUCUCCGACAACUAUCCUGCUAGAGCCAUUCAUGAAAGGAAGAAUUCAGUCAACCUCCAGAUUCCCCACGCUGUCAGGGAUCAGCUCGCUAAACUGAUGAACAGCCACCUAGAGUUCUCUGCCUGUGCAGGCACCACAGCAGCAUUCAUCAUUCAGACUUCCAGCGGAUGUGAGGUGGUUGCUCUUGGCACCGGAAACUUCAAUACCAAAGAGAGUGCCUCAUCAAGUGGACGGAUUGUGCACGAUUCACAUGCUGUUGUAACUGCAAGGAGAUCUCUGAUGAGGUUUCUUUAUCGGCACCUGCUGAUGUUCUUCAGCAAAACGGCCAAUCUGACGGAGAAGUCGAUCUUCCAGCAGAACAGCAGCAGCGGUCUCCUCAGCCUGAAGAGCGGAAUCACCCUUCACCUUUAUGUUAAUCAACUGCCAAAGGGUGCUGCUCAGAUCCCUUCCAAGCUGCGCCUGAACCCACUCUCCAUUUCGGCAUGGCAGGUCAACAACGAGAUCAGCCUACACCUGUCAGUAGAGGGCAAGGUGUUCUCAGUUUUCUCGUCAGGCUUUGAUCACUCUGUCUCCAAGGUGGUCAGCAUGUCCACCACAGACAAGAUCACUCAGUGGCAGGUGCUAGGAUACCAGGGAGCCUUGCUCAGCCACUUCAUCGAGCCCAUUUAUGUCCAAAGCAUCCUCAUAGGUGAUUCUUACAGCAGUGAUAUCCGUGGCAUGGAGAUCUCCGUGAGCCAGCGUGUAGAGGGGAUCACCUCUCAGCUGCCCAUGUUCUACUGCAUGAUGAGGCCCCACAUCGGCCUGGUACCUUCUGUGGCUACUAACGGCACCGACAGUGGCCAGUUGACCCAUGGUAUCAACUGGAGCGAAGGAGACAGCUCCGUGGAGGUUGUGGAUGGUCUGGAGGGCAAGACGAUAGAGGAAUCUCCCUUUAAGAGUGGCCCUGCUCUGGCAAGCCGUCUAUGCAAAGCAGCAAUGUUGCACCGCUUCAAGUUGGUGGCCAAAGAAGCUCAGAGGCAGGACCUGCUGGCCACAAGCUCCUACAGAGAAGCCAAGAGGAUGGCGAAGCCGUACCAGGAGGCUAAGAACGUGCUGAGGGCGUACCUGUUGCAACAGGGCUUUGGUUCCUGGCUGGUCAAGCUUUCGGUUAGUGAUAACUUCAGCAUGUGA